AGAGCCGAAGAUGUCGGCUCGGUCAUGUGAUCAGCUGUGUCCAAUCACAGCUGAUCACAUGGGACAUGUACACUGAUCAUCAGGGCACUGAUGAUCAGUGUGCCCUGAUGAUCAGUGUGAUCAUCUGUCAGUGCUCAUCAGUGCCAUGUGCCAGUGCCCAUCAGUGCCACAUCAAUGCCACAUAUCAGUGCAUACCAGUGCACAUCAAUGCCACAUAUCAGUGCCCAUCUGAGCUGCCUUUCAAUGUCACCCAUCAGUGCCAGUCAGUGCCACCUAUCGCUGGCAAUCAGUGCCACCUAUCAGUGCCAGUCAGUGUCGCCUAUCAGUUUGCAUCAGUGCCGCCUAUCAGUGCCAGUCAGUGCCGCCUAUCAGUGCCAUAUAUCAGUGUCAUGUAUCAGUGCUGCCUUUCAGUG